GUGGACACAGCGUCAAUGAAUAGUUUUGAAUUCGACACUGGUUUACCUAGGCAAGCUUCUACCGAAAUCAUGAAAUUCUUAGUAUUGAUUGUUUUGAUUUGUACUGUAUUGGCGGCUAUGUUGUCUCCAGCAAACACCCAAAUGGCUAAGAGUCUAACUGGUCGCUUCCGUCGCGCUGCACAAGGCGGUGGCGGCGGUGGUGAUGCAGGUGGUGGCGCUGGUGGUGGUGCCGGAAUGGGUUUUGGCAUGGGUGCUAACAUGGGAGGAGGAGCAAAAGGAGGUGGACAUGGUGGUCAUUAAUGAAGAAUAUAGCUGAAACUAUUAUGCAAUUGUAGAUAUAAAAACAAAUAAAACAGAGCAGCGCAGAAACAGUUAAAGAUAUUUCAU